UACCCCCAAUUUUCAACUGUUUCUACAACAUCAUCCAAGAUGGCUAUGUCCCAAGCAGCUAUGAAGGCCGAGUACGCCGUAGGCCACGGCGACAACGCGACCACCGCUCAAGAUGUUACCAACCCAGACAUCGCCCCCAACGCAGCUGGCGAGGGCAAGAUGAAGGCAUUGGCCUGGAUGGGCAAGAACAAGGUUGAAAUCGUCGAAGUCUCCAAGCCCAAGAUCAUGGAGCCCCGCGAUGUCAUUGUCAAGGUCACCGGAUCCACUGUCUGCGGCUCAGACUUGCAUCUCUUGCACGGCACAGUCGUGGAAUUGCAAAAGGGCGAUAUCCUCGGCCAUGAGUUCUGCGGUGUCGUCGACGAGGUUGGCAGCGAGGUCACAAAGUUCAGAAAAGGACAACGUGUGGUAGCCUCGUUCCAAAUCGCCUGCGGAGACUGCUACUACUGCAAGCAAAAACUCUCUUCGCAAUGCGAAAAGACAAACUCAAACACAAUCGAAAACGCAAUGUACGGCGGCCGCACAGCAGGUAUGUUCGGCUACUCGCACUUCACGGGCGGCUUCGCAGGCGGGCAAUCUGAAUUCACACGUGUGCCAUAUGGCGACGUCAACCUGCUCCCCCUCCCAGACAACGUCCCCGACGAGAAAGGCCUGUUCCUCUCCGACGUCCUCGCCACCUCGUGGCACUGCGUCGUCGACACGGGCGUCAACAAAGGCGACGUUGUUGCCAUCUGGGGCGCGGGUCCCAUUGGGCAAAUGGCCGCCGACUUCUCGCUCAUCAACGGCGCCUCCAAGAUCAUCAUGGUCGACAACAACUGGCGGCUCGAGUACGUGCAGAAGAAGUACCCGCACAUUGAAACCCUCGACUAUACGUCGCUCAAGAGCGGCGAGUCCGUCACCAGCAAGCUCAUGGAGAUGUGCGGGAACCGCGGACCGGACGUUGCUCUGGAGUGUGCGGCGGGCGAGUACGCAAAGGGCUGGGGCCACACCAUCGAGAUGGCGCUUGGGUUGGAGACGGAUACGUCUGAGCUCGUCAACGAGAUGAUUACCUCUGUGCGGAAUUUCGGUCGUUGCGGUAUCACCGGUGUAUACGUUGGAUUCUGCAACCACUUCAACAUCGGCUCCCUGAUGGAACGCGGCAUCCGCCUCAUCGGCAACGGCCAAGCCCCCGUCCACCUCUACUGGGAAUCCCUCCUCAAGAUGAUCCAGGAUGGCCAGAUCGACCCGCUCAAGAUGGUCAGCCACCGCGUUGCCCUCGAGGACCUCGACAAGGUCUACAUGAAGUUCGAGAAGAAGGAGGAUGGCAUGCAGAAGGUUUUUGCGCAGACGCAAUUUUCGGCGCCGCCUUGUGAGGGCAGCCCCGAGUUGACGAGGUAUUGAGUGUGAGCGAGAGAGGGAGUGGAAGAAACGAAAAGGCAUGGAUUCGAUGUGGCACGUAUACCUAGGUAGUUUUUGUUUGAUUUUCUGUUCAUGGCCUUGAAUAGGCG